CUUGUCUGUCUUUCUUCCUGUCCCUUCAUAAGCAAAAUAUUUUCUCUUCGGACAGAAAGCAAGAGUAGAAUUAGAAAUGGGCUUUUUCCGGCAUGGCGGGCCUGAAAUCACACUCUCGCCGAAACGGAAGAACCCGGAAACCAAACCUAUCAACCAAAAAGUUCUUUUGCAGUUUCCAGAAUGCACAGUUUAUCUGAUGGAUGAAGGAGAACCUCUAGAACUUGCUAAGGGCAAAUUCACGAUUGCUCGAGUCUUGGACAAGAGCGUUUCUAUUGCUACCAGAAUAAAAGUUGGUGAUCUCCAGUGGCCACUGACAAAAGAUGAGCCAGUUUUGAAGCUUGAUUCUCUCAACUAUUUGUUUUCUUUACCAAUGAUAGAUGGUGGUUCUCUGAGCUACGGAGUUACUUUUUCAGAACAGUAUCGUAGCAAUUUGUCCUUGCUUGAUUCAUUUCUAAGUGAACACUCAUGUUUCUCAGUCUCUACAACAACUAGGACUAAAAAUAUUGAUUGGAAACAGUUUGCUCCUAGAAUUGAAGAUUAUAAUAAUGCCUUGGCCAAGGCUAUUGCUCAGGGUACAGGUCAGAUUGUCAAGGGUAUCUUCAUAUGUAGCAACAUUUAUAGCACUCAGGUUCGCAAUGUUGGAGAAAUGCUUUUAACUCGCGCUGCAGAGGAGGAAAAUGGUUUCAAAGCUCGUGAGAUUAACAGAAAUACGAAUGAUGGAGACACAAACAAGAGUAGAGCCAGCCAAAGCUUAAAACGCGUGAGAAAUUUAUCCAAGAUGACAGAAAAUCUUAGCAAAGUCACACUUGAUGUUGUUGGGGCUGCCACUGGAUCUGUGAUGACACCCAUGGUAAAUUCCCAGGCAGGAAAGAAACUCCUAGCUUCGGUUCCAGGCGAGGUCGUCUUUGCCUCACUCGAUGCUGUUAAUAAGAUUCUAUCCGCAGCUGAAGUUGCUGAAAAACAAGUUCUUUCUGCAACCUCCAUUGCCACCACUAGAAUUGUCACCGACAGGUUAGGUGAGAAUGCAGGGGAAAUUGCAGAGGAUGUGCUUGCGACUACUAGCCAUUGUGCCAACACUGCUUGGAAUCUAAUCAAGAUAAGAAAGGCCAUCAAUCCAGCAUCAUAUGAGUCAACAGGAAUACUAAGGAAUGCAGGAAAGGCAAAAAUAUAGGAAUAUAAUUGGAGUGGAAUAGAGUUGUGUUGUCAAAUAAAAUCCGAAGAAAACAUGAAAACAAGGCCUUCGUGUUAUCUGAUCUAAUAUCUUGAAUAAAAUCAGUCUAUGUGGCUUCAGAGUGCCGAGUCUUCCUACUUCAGGAGACUCGUCAAGGCCUUUUUUAGUUAAUGGGACUAAAAUCCCACUCAAUAAAGUGUUGUGAAAUUGGAGGGUAUUUUGGUGCUGCUCAAGCAAUACAAAUUACUUGUAACUUCUAGGCUUGAAAAAUGUGACUAAUGGCUAUGAUAUUUUGUUGAAGAUCCAAGGGUGAUGAUAUUUACCUAACA